AUGCCACGUUAUUAUUUUCCUCUUGAUUCAUAUCCUCCAUCAACUACUGAAAUUAGACAAAAAACAUUAAAUCCUAAAUGGAAUCAAAUUUUUCAAAUGACAAUAGCAGAAAGUAAAUUUUUUAUUAAUGGUGCAUGUCUUAGAAUUAGUAUAUUAGAUCAUGAUGUUGUAUUAUUUAAUGACAUAGCAGGAGAAGCAUUUAUUCCUCUUUCAACAAUACCAAAAAUGUCUGGAUCAGAAAUUAAACAUUUACCAAAACAAAUUAUUUUACCAAUAUUACCUGUUUCACAUAAUCAAUAUGGAAUUGAAUUUAUGAUAUUAAAAGAUAGGAUACAUGAUAAAAUAGCUAAAGAAUUUUGUGAAUAUGAAUUAUAUAUUAAAAAUUAUCAUAUGCUUCCACCAUUAUGUAAUGAUACUAAUGAAUUUCGAACUGAAGCUAUUAAAACAUUUGAUAAAAGAAAAAAACAAAUAAAAACUGUGAUAAAAAAUGUUUUUUAA